CUUCUCAAUUUAGGAAAGCAAUUUCGAGAAUCGAGAUUUGAGAUUGCGAUUGUGUGACUUUCAAAGAAAACUUUUUGUUUUAUUCAUAAUGUCCAAUAUUUUCACGAAAACUCUGAGAAAUCCUCAAAUUAUUUAUUCGAUUAGUCGGUGUUUUUCGAAUGCUAUUUCACAAGGAAAUGUACUACGCAUUGCUGCAGUUAGCACCUCCAACAAACAAAAUGCACCAGCAUUACUCCAACCAUCAAAAAUAUCUUUAGAUUAUGUGCGGUCUAUGUUUGUACAAACUCAGGACACACCGAAUCCAGACAGUUUGAAAUUCUUACCCGGUGUAGCUGUACUAGGCAAAGGUAACACCAUGGACUUCCCGACUUCCCAAUCAGCCUACUGUAGCCCUCUCGCUAAACUGCUAUUUAGAAUUGAGGGAGUUCGUUCGGUUUUCUUUGGUGGUGAUUUCAUAACAAUCUCUAAAAUCGAAGAUGCAGAAUGGAGUGUCAUCAAACCAGAAGUCUUUGCUGUCAUCAUGGACUUCUUUGCUAGCUCCUUACCUAUCCUUACCGAAUCUCAACCUAAUUCGGACACCCAAAUCAAUGACGACGACGAUGAUACAGUGAUGAUGAUUAAGGAACUUCUCGAUAGUAAAAUUCGACCUACGGUGCAGGAAGAUGGUGGCGAUAUAAUCUUCAUGGGGUAUGACAAUGGUGUUGUCAAACUCAAAAUGCAGGGAUCCUGUUCUUCGUGCCCCAGCUCCAUUGUUACUCUAAAAAACGGAGUUGAAAAUAUGCUUCAAUUCUAUAUUCCCGAAGUUACCGAAGUACAACAGGUAUUCGAUGAAGUUGACAAAAUUGUAGACAAGGAAUUUGAAAGGUUAGAGAAGCAAAUCCAAGAAAAGGAAAAGAACGUUUAAAAAGGCUGACAUGGGGUGAUAAUUUUGAUGAUUUCUGUUUUGUAGAAAAUUUAACAUAAAAUAGUAUAUUCGAGCGUGAUAAAUAAAGAACCGUAGAUGUUUUAAAACUUGUU